AUGAAAUUUGGUAGAAUUAAUAUUAAAUUUAUAUUUUUAGCUAUAUUCUUUCUUUCAAAUUUAAUUUUUAUUAUUACUAUUUAUUAUCAUUCAAUACCAAAUAUUCAUACAGAUGUUUUUAAUAAAAUAGCAAGAGUUUCAAAUUCAACUAUCGAUUUGGUACUAAACAGUACUGACAUUGACCAAACUGGCCAGAGAAGAGAGUAUCAAGGCCUAAAAAGAAAAUCUAAGAAAGAAAUCGAAAACUCAUUCUAUAAGUUGUCUAGAUCAGAUAAGAGAUUCCAAUUCUUGUUAAACAAUGAUGGUGAAACUCCUCCAAUAGAAAAGGAUAAAUUCAAUGAAUUUAUUGUCAAGAAUGAUGUAAUAUAUCCAAUUGCUCAUCAUUUUAAGACGAAAUUCGGUAAUCUUCCUUUUCAUAUUGCUGAACUUAAUGCAAAGGCGUCCAUUCAUGAAAAUGUCAUCAUUGAACAACAUUGGUAUGAUAUUCCACAUCAUAGUAACUCUAGUUUGUCAUCUCUCAAAGUGAGAGAAGAGCUAUUAAGGUUGACAAAUGAUUCCCCGAUGAUGGACUAUGUACUAUUGGAAUAUACUGGAGAGGAAUCAGCAUACGUUUUGGUUUGGGUUCUGAAAGCUCUGGCCCCAAAAGUGAAUAGAAACAUUAUCAUUAUUGGAAAAGACACCUAUUUGGAGGAGUUGGAAAUUGUGGUAGAUAGUUUUUUGGAAUCGAAUAAAGUCUUUGAAGUUUCAAAGAAUAUUCUCAAUCCUGUCAAUAGAAAUCUCAAGAAAUAUGUAACUUUGUUGAAAUUGGAAAAAUACGACUCCAAUACACCAACUUUUAAACUAUAUAAUCUUUUGGAUAGUUUAAAUUGGAAACUCGACCCCUUCAAUCAAAUCCUAUCCCAUGAGAAGAAUAUGGAUUUCUCGUACAAAUGUAACACCCAGAAGUUUUUGGUUUUCAAUCUUGCAGAUUCUUUUAGGGAGAAUCUUAGACAUCUACCAAUUGCCAUUUCAUUGUCCAUCGCUUUCAAUAGACACUUACUUUUAGACUCCACUGAGUUCUUAAAUGAUCCUCAAUGGAAUUUAUUCUUAAAAUAUUCAAGAUGUUCACACAUUGAAUAUGCACCAGUUUUGGAUAAAUCAAAUACUAGAGUAUAUGGUGAAGAUCAUGAAAAUAGAGAAAGAUAUCAAUUCACCUACUACAAUCAAAACGAAAUAUUGGAGGGAUCGGAUAUUCUCUUGAAGGCUGUAAGAGAAAAGUUUGGAUUUGGAAAUGAUUUCGAAUAUGAAUCGGCAUUGCUAAAUUGGAUAUUUAGAUUUUCGAACAAUGGAAGAAGAGCCUAUCGCUCAACUUCUUUUGCACUCUAUAAAGAUGAUAUGAAGCUAUACAGUCAUCCUCCUCAAUGUAUAGCAAUGUAUGUUCAAAACAAAAAGGAGAUGAACAAGUACUUGAAUGCACUCAAGAUUGUCCAAUCUAAACAAGAAUUCUCUUCAAUUACCAAUGUAUUCCUGAUGACAGAAGAUAAUAACCUGGUGGAAAACAUCAAUCAGUUUGAAGAUAAAUCAUUGAAAUUCCAAUAUCUCAACUAUACUAGAGAACCUAUCCAGAAAUUGGAAUUAGAUAAACGAUUAGAACAAACGGCUAUCAUGUUUACGGAGGUCCUAGAGGCAGCCCAAUGUGAAAUAAUGAUUGGAUCCAUCAAUUCUUACAUCGACAGAUUCACUCUACAACUUUCGAUAUCGAAAUUUAAGAGACCUGUAUUCCUCUAUGCUUUAGAUAAUUCAAGAAUAGAAUAG